CCUGGCUUCAGUUUAUUCUGAGUAUAGACUUCUUUCGGCACCGAUGCUAUUUCAACCAGUGAGAUAGAUUAUUCGAUCUCCGGCAUGAAUGUUUCGAGCUCUUUCUUCUUGCUUGCGCCCAGUCAAAAUGAUCCGUCCUCCGCCCCGCGACCCUAUUGUCGCUGUAAUAGGUGCGACUGGAACAGGCAAAUCCGAGCUGGCCGUUGAAAUAGCGCUCAAGUACAAUGGCGAGAUCAUCAAUGGGGACGCAAUGCAGAUGUACGAUGGUCUGCCAAUCAUUACCAAUAAAGCCACGACCGAAGAACGAAGGGGCGUACCGCAUCAUCUCCUCGGCUGUAUCGGGUUACAUGAGACAACCUGGAGCGUUGGAGACUUUACGAAAAAAGCGCUCUCCGUGAUUCAAGACAUAAGAUCCAGGGGUCGAUUGCCGAUCCUUGUGGGCGGCACACAUUACUAUACUCAAUCCCUUUUGUUUCAAGACGCUCUCACCGGUCAGGAGGAUGAAUCUACGGGUGUUGAGAUAUCCAAAUCUUCUUCAGAAAGUGACACUUUGUCUGGCGUCACUACAGCUGAUUUAUUAACAAGGCUAAGAGAAGUUGAUCCCGUAAUGGCAGAUCGUUGGCAUCCUAAUGACCGGAGAAAGAUACAGAGGUCGCUCGAAAUAUGGUAUCAGACUGGUCAAAGAGCUUCUGACAUUUACGAGCAGCAGAAAAGGAGCAAGGCAAUGGCGAGUACCACGUCUGUGGACGACAGCCCGAAAGGCGGAGAAGAAGACCAAGCCUGGGAAUCAAAUUCAGGGUUGCGCUUUCCAACCCUUUUCUUGUGGCCUUAUGCAGAUUCCGAGGUUUUAAAAUCGCGGCUAGACAGUCGCGUGGACAAAAUGCUUGCGGGUGGGUUAUUAGAUGAAGUAAAAGAGUUGGAUACGUUCCUCUGCAGGAGGCAGGACGAGGGUCUUUCUACUGAUAAAACUCGGGGCAUAUGGGUCUCAAUUGGAUACAAGGAGUUUGUGUCCUAUGUUGAAGCGCUUCGAUCCAGCGGCGAUUCUAAAGACCUUGAAACUCUCAAGCAGACAGGAAUCGAGCAGACCAAGGCCGCUACCAGACAAUAUGCCAAACGGCAAAUUAGAUGGAUCCGUAUAAAGCUCCUCCACGCUCUAGCGGAUGCUAGCAUGACCAGCAAUCUGUUCCUGCUAGAUGGCUCAGACCUUGGCCACUGGUCUGAAAAUGUUGUACGGCCAGGUCUUGAACUUACAGGCAAAUUUUUAAAUGGCGGAGCACUACCAGCACCUACCGAGCUUACCCCGGCAGCACAGGACAUGCUUGCACCGAAGAGAGAUUUUGACAUGAGCAACCGGCGAGACAAAUGGGCAAAGCGAGAAGCAUCAGCUGCUCAUAUGGCAGACGUUUCUCAAGCUCGAAGUGAAUAG